AUGCCCACUUUCCCGGGUAUCCAUGGCCCAGGUACCCUCAUCCCAGGUACCCACAGUCCAGAUGCUGGAUUCUCAGAUGCCCAUUUCCCAGGUGCCCACAGUCUAGAUGCCCACCUCCCAGGUGUCCAUGGCCCAGAUGCCCACCUCCCAGGUGUCCACAGUCUGGUGUCCAUAGCCAAGGUGCCUUCAUCCCAGGUGUCCACGGCCCAGGUACCCUCAUCCCAGGUACCCAAAGUACAGAUGCUGGAUUACUCACAUGCCCACUUCCCAGGUGCCCACAGACCAGAUGCCCACCUCCCAGGUUCCUAUGUCCCAGAUACUCAUGGUCCAGAUGCCCACUUCCCAGCUGUCCAUGGUCCAGGUGCCUACAGCCCAGAUGCCCACCUCCCAGUUGUCCAUGGUCCAGAUGCCCACCUCCCAGGUGCCCACAACUCAGAUGCUCACGGUCCAGAUGCCCACAUCCCAGGUGCCCACAGUCCAGAUGCCCACAUCCCAGAGAACAAGAGGGCCCAGCAGGUGGAAGGUCAGGCCAGCUCUCCAUCCCCAACCCCAGUCGGGCCUGAGGACUUUUAUCAGGUGUCACCUUCAGCUGCCUGCGUCUAUCUCCUGAGGAGCCUGUCCUUCCGCCAGUACUGA